ACUCAACCCAAUUCCAAGGUUGCUGCUCGCACAACCCACAGGGCUUCCUUAUCCUCCUAUUGAACCUGGUCGAGACAUAGAAAAAUUUCACUCUUAUGUCAACUAUGGGCUCCAACGUUACAGAAACCCAGGUCGCAGCGCCCAAGAAACAGAAGAAGCUGAAGCCCGCCCGCAAACAAGUGAAGCCUGGGGAUGUCGAGAAAAAGGAGGCACCUCAGACGGGAAAGGAAUACAACAUCUGGUACAACAAAUGGGCAGGAGGUGACCGUGAGGACAGCUACUCGAACAAAGUCAAGUCGCAGACACGCUGCAACAUCAAGCGCGACGCGGGUCUCACGCGGGCGAACACUACGGGCAACAAGUAUUGCUGCCUCUUCUUCGCGCGCGGCUGCUGUCCCUACGGCUGGGAAUGCGAGUAUCAACAUACGCUCCCGGAUGCCUCCACAACGCUUCCAGACACUUCCAAGGACUGCUUCGCGCGCGACAAGUUCGCGGACUACCGCGACGACAUGGGCGGUGUGGGAAGCUUCCAGAGGCAGAACCGCACACUGUACAUUGGACGCAUUAAGGAGACAGGGACCGGUGUGGAGACUGAGGAGGUUGUCAGGCGGCACUUCAAGGAAUGGGGCCCGAUCGAGAAGAUUCGGGUUCUGCAGUAUCGCAGUGUCGCCUUCGUGACAUACGUCUCCGAGAUGAGUGCUCAGUUCGCAAAGGAGUCGAUGGCGUGCCAGUCUCUCGAUAACGACGAGAUCCUCAAUGUCCGGUGGGCGACGGAAGACCCUAACCCCACCUCAAAAGUCGAGGAGAGAGAACGGCUCGAGUCAAUCGGCCGGGAAGCCAUCCAGUCCAAGAUGGACCCCCGCAUCGUUGACGCCAUGCGGGCAAUUCGGGCACUGGAGGACGGGAAUGCUGUGGACGGGCAGGGCGAGGCACAGGAGGAGGACGAUGGACAGCCUGCGGCGAAGCGACGGAGGCUCGAGAUUGAGGACGCACCACAGGAGCCGGCCUCAGUACAGCCUGAUCCGGAGCCCGAGGAAGAACCACAACCACAGAACACAGGCCUUCUUAGCGUGGACGCUCUGGAAGGGCUCAAGUAUUUCGCAGAGAUUCGCAAGCGGAACGCGCUAGGGAACCCUGUGGUGCGGGUAGCGCCUGCACCAAAAUCGCCGUCCGAAGGGCUCGGGCUGGCAGACUACGGCAGCGACGAGGACUGAGCAUUGCAGUGCACGGUUGUACUCA